GUUCCGAGAAGACAAAGGCGAUUGUGGAAUUUGACAACUAUCUACACUCUAAAUUUGCCCAAAUCCAGGCACCUUAUACGCAACUGUUUUUUGAUAUCGAAAGCUUUACGUCUCUUGUAUCUGCCUUUUUGGACACAACAGAGACAUGGACUUGUCUUCAACAUAGCCUUAAAAGUCUACACGAGAAGUCCGGGGUUCCGCUCAGAAGAAGUAAAUCUGAAGAACAUAUAAGAGAUGUAUUCAAUCAAACUGGUACUUUCCUAGUAAAUGAAGGGGAACUGGAUAAAUUUGUGCUUCAAGAUGAAUGUGAGGGUCAUGAUGAUAAACCCACUCAUCUUGAUGAUAAAAUAUUUGCUAUGUAUGGGUGGUUCGAACUCACCAAAUUUAAGGAUGUUGUGCAUAACAUCCUCAAGAAGAUGAAAGAGCUUGAAAAUCAAGAAGAUCAAGAUGGGAAGUCUGCUGAAGAAGGAAAAAUGUCUCUGAACCUUUCAAACUCCAAGAGGCACUUGGAAGACCAAAUGAAGGCCAGAAUAUCUACUUGUGAACAAUUUUGUUUCUUUCCUUUUUUGCUUAUGUCGUCUCUGUUUGGAGUAUCGUAUCUAAUGAUAUCAUACCAUGCCGUACUGUACCAUACCAUAUCACAUCACACGGCUCCUUGAUGCCUAGAUGUCACCUAGGUGACAAGGCCGCUCGUUGACACCGCACCUUGCUUACACGCUGUGACCUUGGUUGGAGUAUUCUUAGGCCUUGACUAAUUCCAUUCAAUCAUUCUUUGUCCAUGCUGUUUCUCUGAUUGGAGUAUUUAUUACUCCCUCCGUCCCAUAAUUAUCUUCAUUCUUUCCUUUUUGGUUCGUCCCAAAUUUAUCUCCUCUUUCCUUUUUUAGCAAAGGAUUUGUGGUUUACAACCAUUCUUACACAUUUCUCUCUCCUCUUCACAACUCUCCACCACACAUUUCCCACUUUCUUAAUCUCCGUGCCCAGUCAAAACCGAAGUUAAUUCUGGGACGGAGGGAGUAUGUCUCUAUUAUAGCUUUUUAAAGGAUUUCCAUUUGAAGAUAUGUGCGUAGAGAUUAAAAGGCUUGUGAGGAGAGGAGGUAAAAAAUAUCGAAACUUGGUUGAAGACGCUAUGGAAGUAAUCUGGGAGACUUAUCGUGCGCGGGUUGCUAUUAGAAGGAGCUUUCACGAACAAUCUGAAAUGAUCUCUCGCCACCCGUGCAAUAUGGAUAGAGAGAAACACCUGCCGAAUGAAUUGGGAGAUUUUCUUGAUUCUUUACUCAAUCAGGCUAAAACAUUUAGAGAAGUGUGGGACAGUAUCGAGGGAAGACUCUUUGGUCCAUCUGAAGAACCAGACCCUAAGAAACAAAAGUCAUAGCACUCAUAGCAAACGUGCUCUAAUGUAAAAUACUGAUCUAGGAAGACUGGUCUAGGAAGACAAUGACCGGUUUGAACGGUGGUGUGGCAUGAUGAGUUAACGUGAAAGACCUUGACUGG